CCCAGAUUGCAAAACGAGUCUGGUGUACAUUUCAAGAGCAAAAAUGAGAUAAACAGCUGAGUUUAGUGCGUUCUGUUGCAAGUUUCGACGCUGUUGAAUUUCACAAUCAGCACCAGCAGCUGUUCCGGGCUGAAAUGAAGAUCCUGUUCGUUUGCAUCGGAAACUCGUGCCGCUCACCGAUGGCCGAAGCCGUAUUGAAGGACGCCCUGGCCCGGGAACAGCUGGACUGGACCGUGGACAGUGCGGCCAUCGCGACCUGGAACGUGGGCAGAUCGCCGGAGCCACGCUGUUUGGCAGUGUUGCGGGAAAAUGGGCUCGAUUCGGACCACGUUGGACGGCAGAUUCGGAAGGAGGAUUUCCGGCAGUUUGACUACAUUUUCGGAAUGGACGAGGGGAACAUUAGGGAUUUGCGAGAGUUGGCUCCGGAGGAUUGUAGUGCGCGGAUUGAACUUCUGGGAGAUUACAGGAUGAAGGAGUUGGACAAGAUCAUCUUUGAUCCAUACUUUGAAACCGGCAUACACGGAUUCAGACGAUGCUAUGACCAGAUUGUAAUAUGCUGUCGUAACUUUAUCCAGCAAAAGCGGAGUGGUUAAAAAUCUGACAGGUCAGGUUCUAGUUACGUUCAUGUGAUACAUUAGACAAUAAACAAGACGAGUUAUGUAUAAAGUUAAAGAUUGUUUCAAAGAUUAACAAGGAAUUUGUACACGUGUUUCGUCACCAAACAUGCACUUCCUAUCGGAUCACCUACCGAGCACAUCUGUCCCAGAUGGCAAUGUUUUUAAAACCUUCUGAUCUACACAGAGAUCGUGAAACUGAU